AUGGUCAAUGAGAAACAUCAACUUGUUGUCAAUGUCUUCGGACUUCAACUUGAACAAAGGAAAAUAUUUCGUCACAUUGUCCAACUGAAGCUUGUCGAUCAAAAGCACAAUAAAGACUACAUUUUAACGACGAUGAGUGCUAGAGGACGUGGAAACCGCGCCAGCAAGCAGAAUGACAAUUUCAUAUUGAUGAAUUAUAUUCUUGACACAUAUGUUCACGAGUCCAAGGAGUCUGGAAAUUCCAUCAAACGACCCAUUGUGGCUUACGAUGGGGCUCAAACUCUUUUUUCACUCACGCAAAUCAAUGUGGCUACCGUUCUUGAAAACAACGAUGCCUUGGAACUCGAUGGUAUUUCCGAAUUUCUAAAGGAUUCUUUAAAAUUUUUAAAUGGGCGCAUUGAACUAUUCUGCCAGCCAGAUGUUGAAAAGCCGAUUUUUGAUCAGACAGAUAUUGAAGAAUGGAGCGAUCCUAGAUUUUUGAACUACCUUGAUAUUGUCACUUCUCAAAGCGCUAUUAGAUCCGGUAAAUAUCUUUCGCAAUCGCGAGGUUUGUACGUCAACACUGAAUAUGAGGAGCCACUUCGAGGGAAUUGGGGAGUGGGAGCAAAAGGAGUUCAUAAAGGUUGCAGAAUUGUGGGAGACGAGGAGCCCUUGCCUAUUUUAGAACUUGACCCGCAAUCGACUCAAUAUUUCGCACCGAUCAGUCUCGCUCAGUUGCUCAUGAAUGCGAUUCCAAAUGUUUUCAAUCGCAGACAUGUAAAUCCGGACAAUAGAUUGAAGAUGAAAGUUCGAACAUUGUUGAAAGAUUUGAAAUGUAAUCCUUACUACGCUGAUAUCGAUAAAUGGGCUACAAAUACUCUUAUCGUUCACGAUAUUGAUUAUAGUUCACCCUUAAACCCAGAGUUUCAAAAGCAAUUUCCAGAACUGAAAUUUCCGCAUCUUCCAGCUGCUGUGUGUGGAGCAGGACCGAAUAAGAAACGCUAUCCGCUCGAAUUUUUACGAGUUUUACCGUAUCAAACAAUUGAUCGAAAUGUCCUUGUCGAAUUCAAAAUGAACCCUCGAGCCAAAGAUCCAAUGGUUCGUUGGAACGAUAUGCAAAUACAUUAUGCGCAGUUCAACUUUGACGACCCAAUAAUUUCUGAGUUUGGAAUUCGUGUUUGCAAUGAUCCAUUCGAUUGCCUCAGCCAAGUGGAAGGUGAUCGUGUUACAGCUCCACAAAUCAGUUACGAGCGUCAAGUAAAUGUUGAUGAUGCGAAACGUGAUUGGAGAGCCGGAGAUCAUCGAUUUCAAGAACCUAGCAAUAUUGAUUUGCUAAUGGUGGUAUUAAUCGUAGAUGAAGUACAAAUAAUGCGCGAAGCUCGCGAGAACACGGAACUUGUUGCUAACCGCUUCGUACAACGUUGCCAAGAAAAAGGAAUGAGAGUAAGAGAUGUUGCUUUUCGCGCAUCACCGGGAAGGAACGCUGAUCCUGAGAAUUUCUUGACUGGGAUUUUCGCAGAUCUCGUACAGAUGAAAACUAGCCGUAGCUUUAUGCCAUUCGUUCUACUUGUUUCCGAUGAUGUUCCAAAUAUUCAUGAAUGGUUAAAGUUUGAAGAGCGAAUGAGCGAUAUUCCUACGCAGCAUAUUCUCUUAUCAAAUGUUAAAAAGAUGGCUUAUAACUUGAAAUCUAGAGGAAAUGAUGGAGGAUAUCGUGGAAACAACCGCGGUGGAAUGCGAGGAGGAAGACCUGGAUACGACUUAACACUGGACAACAUUGUAAUGAAAGCCAACAUUAAAGCUGGUGGUUGUAAUUAUACAUCGGAUAUUCCAAAAGACAUUGCAAAUUGGGCGAAUGUUUCCACUUUUGUCGUUGGUCUAGAUGUUGCGCAUCCAGACAGAGCCGCUACACGCGACGGCCAGCCAUCUACCGUUGGCUUGUCUUGCAAUUCUGCGGAGAAUCCUUACACAUUCAUAGGCGAUUUUGCAUACACAACUCCUAGAAAAGAAGCAAUCGACGAUGACAUUUUGAGAUCGUUCGUUGAUAAAAACAUUAGACACUUUGCUGAAAUUCGCGGAUUUCCGGAAAAAGUAAUUAUUUUCCGUGAUGGCGUCUCGUUUGGGGAAGAGGACGAAGCCGCCCGUGAAACUUCUGUAAUUGAAGAGACAAUUGUCAAUAUUGCUGAACAAUCAGGGAAAAGAGAUUACAAACCUUCGGUUCUCUCAUUUGUGGUGAAAAAACGUCAUCACACUAGAUUCUACAUACGCGAUGGCCGUCAAGGAUCUCCAGCUAAUCCGUUGCCGGAUACCGCUGUAGGAGGAAUGAUUGCUGAAUUUGGAAAACGUCAAAUCUUUAUUCAAGCAUACCGCCCGGUUCAGGGAACUGCUAAAAUCCCGUCUUUCUUAAUUAUUCGAGAUGACGAAGGUUUCAGUGAUGAGCAUAUUACAAAGUUAGUCUGUGCCGUCUGUUCGCUCCAUCAAAUUGUUAAUAGUCCAACAUCAAUUCCAACACCAGUUUAUGUCGCGCACGAGCUUGCAAAACGCGGAAGAACAGUGAUUCUUAAAGCUUAUAGGCUCAAACAAGGGACCGUUGAAGAAACCGACUACCCUGGUAAAUGGAUGGAACUUACCCUGCAACUAUCAUACUCUUCACUUGACCGUCUAUCAAAGAUUCGCGUUGUUUAA